AUGGCGGCAUCGCGACACGUAGGCCAGAGCGCGGAUGAGUGGAGCGCCGCGGCCGAGGAGGUCCCCUGCAGCGGACAGGACGAGGAGGGGGAGCCAGAGGCCCUCGUCACCGCCGCGUCCGGCACAGGCAAGGACGACCUGCUCCCGGGCAUCUGCGAGAGGGCCGUGGCGUCCCCGACGCCCGAGAAGGUGCAUCACGCCAGAAGCUCCGUUACUGGCCCGAUGUCGCCGCAGUGCAGGCGCCCUGCCCGGCGGCCGACAAAGACCACGACGAAGACUCCGACGUCGGCCUCGUCGGGAGGCGAGACGCGGGGCACGGGCUCGUCGUUCUCGGGCUGGCUGAGCGCGCUGAGCUCCCUGGGGAGGGAGAGGAGGCGCACCGAGGCGGAGGUGCAGGCCUUCCUGCAGGCGCACGGCUUCUCCGACGUCAACCAUCUCAAGCAGGCCUCCUGCUGGCGCACGCCGCGCUCGCACCGCCCGCUCCACGUGGCCGUCUCGCAAGGCGACGCGCACAUCGCCAGGCUGCUCAUCCUCCACGGGGCCGACCCCGCGCUGCCCGACGCUGCAGGUGAGCUCCCCGGCGCCGCAGGCGCCCUGCGCGGCAGGGCGGCGGGCGGCCGGCCCGGCUGCGAGGAGGCGCGGCGGGUGGUGGCCGAGGCCGCGGCGCGCGCCCGGCCGGCCCAGCGGUCGGGGCGCCCGGGAGGCCCGGCGGCAGGAGGCACUCCCCGGAAGUGGGAUAUCUUCUUCGACUCCGUUGGCAGAGAUCCCCUGCUGCACGUGCCACAGCAGGGCUUCCCGUAG